UAGAGAGCAACACAGUGCAUAGUACCAUCUGUCCACUUACAGCAGGGGUUUUGUCACCACAGACAUUACAGACCAAACGUCAUCAAAACAGUUCUGUAGAGAGAUCCUCAAUUAACUAAUGAAUCACAGAUAGUGAGCUGUGGCAGGUCCAUGAAACCAUGGGAUUACUCCUUGCAGUGUUGAAAUAACACUUUUUUGUUUUAAUUAUUUUAGUCUUGGUAGCAGACCAGAGGGCUCUCAACAUGUGGCAGCAUGUAUGGACUUCCACUUUGUGCUUUAUUGCCAGUGUUUCUGCUGUUGGUCAGUUGGAAAUUAGUACUGAGGAAGCUAACUGGGUCCCUAAACUAAGAGAGCUGGACAAAUUCUCUCAGACCUCUGAUAUUUCAUUGGCAGAAUCUCAUUCCCAAGCAAUUUCUGAAGUACUUGAUGUACGUGGACUUCUGCUACGACAGAAACGAAAAGUCCUUCUGUCCAGCGGAGUGCAACUCUGUCCCCAGGAGACAAUACAGCAAGCCAUAGCCAGCCAUCUCAAAUAUUACCAGCUAAGAGUGUGCCAGGAGGUGGUACGGGAGGCUUUCAAGAUUUUCUUGGACCGCCUACCUAUAGAUGAGGAAUAUGAGCACUGGAUGAGCCAAUGUCAGAGCGGGACAGUCAGUGCAAGGGAGAUUGGCAUUACAAUCAGCCAGUCAGAGGAACAUCUUGCUCUGAUUUACACUAGGCUGAUUCAAACUGGACUGAAAAAUGAUACAGCUAAGACCCAUGUGUGCAGGCCUCAGUGUGAGUCAUCCAAAGAGCAGGACAUCAGUCCUUCAGAUGGGUCAGUGGAAAAGCUAACAACAGAGGUCAUUUCAGACACAAUCCUGGAUAAAAUGGGCUUAGAACCUUGGGAAAUUACAACAGCGUCAUCUGGUACCACAAUAUCAGAAGUGCAUAGUGAGGUUAAUAAUGAAUUAGAGCCUGUACAACAUGCAGCAGUGGAACAUAGAAUGAAUCUCACUGGGAUACUGAAAGGAGAGCAAUGGAGUGUACAGCUCUCAGACCCAAACAGCAACCAAUAUUACACAAUCUCUCAGCAGUUUAGUGAGAAGGUUUCAGGUGCAUUGGAAAAGCUGAACGAAUUCAAGAGCAUAUCUAUCCUGGACCUCAGGCCUCAUCUGGAAAAUUCUGGUGGAGAGUCUGUAUUGGUGAACUAUGUAAUCUUACUGCAUACAAGGGGACACAAGAUCAGCAGUGAAAUUUUAGACUUCAUCAGCAUGCAGUUGAACAUGGUGGAAAGAAACUUUAGCAAUUCAGAGAAGCCCACUGUUCGAUACAGGAUGAAUGACCUACAUGUGUAUACCGCCGAGGCUCUGCUUGAGGAAACAUUUCCAGAAGAAGCCCAGCUCACAAAUGGACCACAACAACCAGAGAUAAUGUAUGACAGACCAACUACAACAACAACAACACCUGAUUUCCCUGGAAAGGAAGAAGAGGAAGAGUCUAAUUUAUUGGAGGAUGUGACUGUGAGGGUGACUGAUUUUACUAUACAGCCACGCUUAACUGAGGAGGCCAGCACUUCUGAAGAUACUAAGCUGAAGGAAGACUUGCUUCUACACAGUACAAGGGAAACUCAAACUUUGCCCAGUGUGACUCCUACUGUGGCAUCCAUCCAAGCUGCUGGUUUCACAGAUGCUGUUUCUGAACAUAAGACAUAUCAGAUAGAGGACAUUCUUGAAACUAACCUGUCCAAAAAUCAUGGAGAUCACAUUGGAAAUAUGGAUGAAGACACAUCUGUUUUAACUUUCAUAACUCUGGCAGGAGAUUAUGAGUUUUAUGACUCACCCAGGACUAUAACUAAGUAUCCAGAGGCAUUUUUAGAGGAAACGCCUAGUCUCAUACCAUCCAUAAGGACAACAGAAUCAGCUGAGGCAGAAGACCACACACUUACAGAGACAGUCAAAAGAGAAGAAAUAUCUUUAGAGAAGGAGCAGCUUGUGACUCAUCACCAAAAAAAUACAGAUGCGCAAGAACAUGGUGAAGUUCCUUCACAAACAGAAACGAAGGUCAUGGAAAUGAUCGAGGCCUCUAGAGAAAUACAGAAGACUGCCACUCUAGCAGGAAUAAUAGAUGAUUACAGUUUCACAGAUGAAGUGGACAAAUUAGAGAAAGCGAUAACAGAAGGUAUUGAUGUUUCCAUGGUGAUGGAGGGAGAUGAGUAUGGGCUUGCUGUGGAAUCCAAUGUGGAAACAAUUUCUCCAGCUUUUCAGACUCCAGAAGAGAUCACCACAAAUCCACAUCCUGUUCACCCCAUAUACAUAUUUCCAGAUAACGAGUUUGUUCCCACCAUCCCCACAGAAGUCACUAUGCCUGAGAGCGAGUCUGUUCAUAAUCCAACUGGAACAAAAGAGGGGAGUGAAGUCAGUAAUGCCAUGCCUACAAGCCCUGGACGUGCUCUGAUUGUGUUCUUCAGUCUGCGAGUAACCAAUAUGAUAUUCUCAGAAGAUUUGUUUAAUAAAAGUUCUCCAGAGUACAAAGCCCUGGAGCAGAGGUUCCUUGAGUUGCUGGUUCCUUACUUGCAGUCAAACCUCAGUGACUUUCAGAAUCUGGAGAUACUAAACUUCAGGAACGGCAGCAUUGUGGUGAACAGCCGCAUGAAGUUUUGGAAGCCGGUUCCGCGAAGCGUUACCACAGCUGUCUACCUGAUCCUCGAGGACUUCUGUAACACAGCGUACCAGACCAUGAAUCUGGCCAUAGACAAAUACUCACUAGAUGUGGAGUCAGGUGAUCAGGCAGACCCAUGUAAAUUCCAGGCAUGUAAUGAUUUCGCUGAGUGCUCAGUGAACCGCUGGUCCAGCGAGGCCGAGUGUGUGUGUAACCCAGGGUACUUUAGUGUCGAUAGCUUGCCCUGCCAGAGCAUCUGUGAAAUCCAGCCAGAUUUUUGUCUUAAUGAUGGCAAGUGUGACGUCAUUCCAGGUCGAGGAGCCAUCUGCAGGUGUAGAGUAGGUGAGAACUGGUGGUACAGAGGAGAGCACUGUGAGGAGUAUGUGUCAGAGCCACUGAUGGUUGGGAUUGCCAUAGCAUCAGUGGCUAGCGUACUGCUGAUGGCUUCAGGAGUCAUCUUCUUCCUAGCUCGGGCUCUGAGAAACCAGUAUGAAGAGGAGGUGCAGGACACUGUGAGGAGAGGAGACAGUGUUGGUUCAUUGGAAAGGGCUACGAAGUACAAUCCCAUGUAUGAGAGUGAGGUGACGACGGGUUACAGUCAUUACUAUCUUCGUUAUCCCGAACCUCUGAUCUACAGCAGCGCCAGCGCCGACGCCUCCACAGACUUCAGCAGUGAGGAAAUCAAGCACAUCUAUGAGAACAGUGAACUCACCAAAGAGGAGAUUCAGGACCGGAUUCGCAUUAUUGAGCUGUAUGCUAAAGAUCGUCAGUUUGUGAACUUUGUGAGACAGCAUCAAACUGUGGCAGAGACUCAGAGUGAGAGCUCAUCAACAUGACCUACACCUAGCGGACUGCUACAUACAACAAAAUAUUCACACGACAAGCUUUUCCUAUUAGCAAAUCAGUGAAAUGUCUUGACAUGUCGGCAGUAUUUCAUUAACUCAUCAUAACAAUUAAGGAAUCCUUGAGGAACAUUUAGGUGUAUUGUCUUCUCUCUUUUCCAUAUCACACAGAUCUGAAUGUAUAUCUUAUGACAUGCUUGUUUUCUAAUCUGUGCCUUAAUGACUGCUUCAAAGAAGGUUGAUUACUCAGCCAUGUAUCCAUCUUAUGCUCCAGUUCAUAUGUGUUUAUUAGUAAACUAAGGUUUAAAUAAACCAUCGUUAAACCUCCCACAAGCAACAGGGAAUCACAUGUACCAUAUAUACACAAUGUAAGUAUUUCUUUAUAAUAAUCUUAUUAAAGUUGAAUGAUCGUAGUCUUUCUUUUA